GUGUAAUUUAAUUGGCCGAUUCGACUGCUCAUGCGCACAUAUUGCGUUCCAAAUUUAAAUCUAUCUGAAGCGUGAUUUGUAAAGCAAGUGACUGUACAUCAUUUUUACUUUGAUCAUAGUUUCUGUAUCACGGCUGCGCUUUGAUCUAAGCUUACACGAUGGAAAGAAUUCUGUGUGAUGGGCAUGGUCAACCAUGUUUCAUGAAGACUGGAGUGAAAGAAGGACCAAAUAAAGGCAAAAGCUAUUAUAUCUGUGGUAUUGGUGGCAAUGGGGCAAAUAAGCAAUGUGGCUUCAUAAAACCUGCACACAUUCCUGUUUCUCACUGCUUACAACAUCCCUCCGAAAUGGUUGAAUUACAAGGAUUAUCACAACAUAAACUUGCUGGGGAAACAAGGGGUUACUAUAGAUGCACUCAAGGUAGGCUAACUGGCAAAGGAUGGUGUGGUUAUGUGGUGAACCAACAGAAUGCGAUUAGCAAAGAAAAUGACUGCGUUAAACCAAAACAAAAAAUAUCUCCUUGUGAGAAACCUGUUCCUGCUCCUGCUUUGAAAGAUAACACUGGUCUCAUCAAUAGAAAGAAAGAUCCUGUCGCAGUGAGACAUAAUAGUGAUCCGAAUACUGCUUCUGUCCUCACGUCACAGGUUACCGGUAAUAAUAAACCGACAAGACCUACUUCCAAGGAUGAUGAUAGUGAUGAUGACUGUUUCAUCACUGAUGUUUCUUUUGCUAGUGUGAAAGCCACUAAACCAUCAAGUGCUACAUUUCACAAACCUCAAGCAGCAAAGAAAAAUGACGAUCCAAUGUGGAGUAGUCCUUCUUUUCAAAAAUAUAGAAGUGCAUCAACAUCCAUUAUGCCAAGAGAAGCAGCUGUGCCAUUAGAAAGAAGGUUCUCUGAAAACUCUCUUCCAAGUCAGUCUCAAACUGUAAAUAAGGAUUCAGGAAAAGCAGGGACUGAUUAUACAGAGCAAGUGGGGUCAAUGUCAAGUACUGGCAUCCAACAAGUUCAUGUACAGCAAGGUGCAAUGUCUGUUAACUUGAGUGAAGAUGCGAAUAAGCCAAUUAGCAACACGUCAACUGUACCACAGAGUGGAGCUCCAUCAUCUCAGUUCUUAUCUCUACCUGUUAAAGAGUCUAAUGUCGUGGUCGCUCAAAUUCUGAUGUCUCAACUCAAGAAGCAGAAGGCUAUUGUAAAAUCUGUGAAUGUGCAGAUGUUACCAGACAAAGGCGCAAAACUAUACAGUCAAAUACGAUCACUAGAAGCAAAGAUUGCUAACUUGAAUCUAAAUAAAGAUGAACUACAGAAGUUACGAAGUGAUGCAACAGCAGCCCCAGCUGGUGGUUUCCAGCCUGCAAGUACUGUUUCUACCCAACACAUGGCUCCAAAGAAUUAUGUUGGUCCUUUGGAUAUGUACGCCAUUAAGCAAUCUGAGAUUGGUCCACAGUACACACCAUCGUAUAUGCCCUAUCAGUAUGCAGCAAAUCCACAAAUGGAGUCCUUGUAUGGAGGUAGGAUUACAGCUGCAAGACUGAGAGAUAUCACUAUGGUAACCAGAGAUGCUAUUGACAAAUUGCACAGAUCAUUAGAGACAUGUCCCUCUCCUGACACAGAGUUAGAUGACCCAAAGGGAUUAACAGUACCAUUGAUGACUCACCAGAAACGUGCGUUAGCCUGGCUGAGGUGGAGAGAAGGACAACACCCAUGUGGUGGCAUAUUAGCUGAUGAUAUGGGUCUUGGUAAGACGUUAACUAUGAUCUCGUUUGUAUUGAAACAAAGAGAAGCUAUGGGUCAAGUUACAGUGCAUGAUGAAGUUGUCGAAGACAAAGAUAGUGGAUUCAUGAAAUCGUUGUGUACUUUAGUAAUAUGCCCUGCAUCCCUAAUGCAUCAAUGGAAAAAGGAGGCAGAGAAUCGAUGUACUGCUGGUAAACUAAAAAUGUAUGUGUAUCAUGGACAGAAUAGAGAAAAAAAUGUAAAAAAGUUGGCAAGCUAUGAUAUCAUUUUCACCACUUACAAUAUAAUUGGUAAAGAGGUUCCUGUUUCUAAAGAAGAUAAGGCUGAUACCAAAGUUGAGGAUGGACUCAAGUUAAGUGAAAAACUAAGUGAUAACACUACAUUGUUAAAAAUUGCAUGGGAAAGAAUUAUCUUGGAUGAAGCACACACUAUAAAGAAUCAUAAAAGUCAAAUGGCAAAGGCUGUGUGUCGUUUGAGAGCUCGUAGUCGAUGGGCUGUUACUGGUACCCCUAUACAGAAUCAGCUGUCGGAUAUGUACUCAUUGCUCAGGUUUCUUAGAUGUUCUCCAUUUGAUGAAUUGCAAGUUUGGAAAAGAUGGGUAGAAAAUAAAGGAACUGCUGGAUCAGCAAGGCUGAAUACCAUUGUGAAAAGUUUGCUACUCAGAAGAACUAAAGAAGACAAAGGGAAAACUGGAAAACCUUUGGUUUCAUUACCUGACAAGGAAAGUCAGACUCAUGAAGUUGAACUUGGUCCUGGUGAAAGAGAAGUGUAUGAUGCGUUAUUCAAACAAUCACAAUCAAAUUUUGUCAGUUAUUUAAAACAACAUGAUGCUGAAGGUGCAGUAAAACUUGGUGCUGUUGGAGAAAGUGGAAGUACCCUCCAAAACAGCAAUAGCAACCCAUUUACAAAGACUGAUGGCGGUGAUACUACCGGUAUUAAGAUUAUAAUGCCUAAUGCAAAGCCUGGAACACAGAAUAUGGCUCAUGUACUGGUGUGGUUGCUGAGACUGAGGCAAUGUUGUGGUCAUCUCAGUCUUCUGAAAGAGGCUGUGGAUAUAGAGUCGUGUUAUAGUGAUGGUGUUGACUUGUCACUAGUAGACCAAAUGAAAGACUUGUGUGUUGAUGAGAGCAAACCAAUCGAUAGUGAGAUUUCAUCUGGAAUUGUUAAAGACAAAUCUUUGUUAUUUGAAGUUAGUGCUAUGAGUACAAAGGUUAAGAAAGUUAUGGAUGGACUUAAAGAUAUCCGUGCCAAGUCACCUGCUGGUAAGCCAAUGAAGACUGUGAUUGUGUCACAGUGGACCAAGAUGCUGGACAUCAUGGUACAUCAUCUCAAAGAAAAUGGUUUCAAAUACUGUGUAAUUCAGGGAAAUGUAACUCCAAAAGCUAGAUCUGAAUCUGUAGAAAACUUCAAUAAGAAUCCCAAAGGUCCAGAAGUAAUGUUGGUUUCCCUGCGAGCCGGUGGUGUUGGUUUGAAUCUGAUAGGAGGAAAUCAUCUAUUCCUACUUGACAUGCAUUGGAAUCCUGCUUUAGAACAGCAAGCCUGUGAUAGAAUAUACCGAGUUGGACAGGAAAAGGAAGUUUUCAUUCAUAAAUUUGUUUGCAAGAACACAGUGGAGGAGAAAAUACUUGAACUGCAGAAGAAGAAAACGAAUCUUGCCACAAAUGUUCUAUCUGGUGACCGUGCCAGCAAUAAAAAGCUAACACUGAAUGAUUUAAGAAGUUUAUUUGGUGUUUGAAGUGUGAUACAAUGCAGUGAUGUACACUGAUGGACUUGGUAAAGGUGAAUGACCCGUCACUGCUGGAAACCACAAGAAGAUCAACUGGUACUGAUUAGUUUGGCUCCUGUCAAACUUCAGAUCAUGUGCUUGACCAUCUCAUUUGCAAACAAACUAGGAUUUACAUGUAUCAUUUCACAAGUGUGCAAUAACUGCCGUUAUUAAUUUAAAAAAAAAUGUUAUAUUUCUUUCUUUUUGUCUUAUCAACAAUUGCAUUUAUGUUAUAAAGUGUUUGUUUUUUCUGCAACAUAAAAAGAGCUCCAGUAUUAAGUAGGUUCCAUAUAGUCAGCACUGCAUAGUCCAGAAAAAAUCUUUUGUUUUGUAACACCGUACAGUCAAACACUCAUAUCAGGCACAUGCUCAUGUUAUCAAAAAUUUAAAGUGUUUUAAACUCAGAAAUAAUGUUUUCAUAGUCUGCAUUAUAAAUUGGUAAGCUCAACUAUCAUUUACAUUGUUGCAAGAAUCACUAUAGUUCACUGAGCCAGGCCAAUAUGAACUGGAAACAUGGUUGAGAUAACUUCAUGUAACAUUACACCCCUUUGCAUCAGCCAUAACGAGAUUUAGUGAAAAUUUGAAC